AUGGAGGAACUGGCUCGAGAGAGCAUCAGCCUGCUGGCAAAACCGUCGCUGGACACAGACAUCCCCAGGCUUGGCACCUUUGGCGCAAUCUUCAUCAUGCUCAAAUCGGCCCUGGGUGCAGGGCUUCUCAACUUCCCCUGGGCUUUCGAAAAAGCUGGAGGAGUUGGCACAGCUGUCUGGGUGGAGAUGGUGUCCCUCGUGUUCCUCAUCAGCGGCCUUGUGGCGCUGGGCUAUGCCUCAUCUGUCAGCAGGCAGAGCACCUACCAUGAUGUGGUACGGCACGUGUGUGGCCCAGCGGUCGGACAGCUCUGUGAGGUCUGUUUCAUCUUCAACCUCUUCAUGAUCUGUGUGGCCUUCCUGGUGGUGGUGCAGGAUCAGCUAGAGAAGUUGUGCGACUCCAUAUAUGAGGCAUUCAGUGGCUCAACAGAGAUACAGUACCACUGGUACACGGACCAGCGCUUCACACUCUUCAUCCUGUGCUUUGUGGUUAUCCUCCCCCUCUCCAUCCCUAAGGAGAUCAGCAUCCAAAAAUACACCAGUGUCAUGGGGACCCUGGCUGCCACAUACUUAACGGUGGCCGUUAUAGUAAAAUACUGUAUGCAAGAGGACAUUGUUGUCGUUUCCCAGACAUACAACAGUGGAAUAAGUUCAUGGGCUUCAAUGUUCAGCGUCAUCCCUACCAUAUGCUUUGGUUUUCAGUGCCAUGAAGCAAGCAUUGCCAUCUACAGCAGCAUGGAGAACAAGAAGAUCUCUCGCUGGGUGUUCAUCUCUGUGGUGUCCAUGUUCUUCUGCCUGCUCAUCUACUCGCUGACAGGGAUUUUUGGCUAUCUGACCUUUGGGAAGAACGUUGCUGCUGACAUCCUUAUGUCUUAUCCUGGGGAUGAUGUUGCCAUGAUCAUUGCCAGGCUGCUAUUCGGUUUCUCCAUCGUCACCAUCUACCCCAUCAUCCUCCUUCUGGGCAGGUCAGUUAUCCAUAACCUGCUGCUGCGGUUCUGGGGCCGGUUCUCCAUAGUGACGCAGUCCUUCGAGAGUCGCAGCCGUGUGAUGCUAACUGUGGUGUGGAUCAUGGUCACCCUGCUCAUCACCAUGUUUGUACCUGAUAUGAGCAAAGUCAUUAGUGUCAUUGGUGGCAUCAGUGCCUUCUUCAUCUUCAUCUUUCCAGGCCUGUGUCUGAUAUUCACCAUGCAAACAGAGCCAGUGCCAUCCAGGAUUAGCAUGCUCCUGACUGGCUGGGGAGUGGUCACCAUAAUCUGUGGGACCUUUGUCUUUGGCCAGAGCACCACUAUUGCCAUCAUGGAAAUGUUUGAUGAGCUCUGA